UUGAUUCGAUUCUGGACAAAAAUAAAAGCUUGAGAAUCAGGCGAAGAGUUUUUUAGCAAAAUGUCUGAGCGAAAAGUGUUAAACAAAUAUUAUCCGCCGGAUUUCGAUCCGUCGAAGAUCCCUCGGUCGAAGGUAGCCCGAAACAAGACCUUUAUUAUCCGAUUGAUGGCCCCUUGUAACAUGCGAUGCACUACUUGUGGCGAGUACAUCUACAAAGGCCGCAAAUUCAACGCCAGGAAGGAAGACGUGGACGAUAUGAGUUACAUUGGACUGCGGAUCUAUCGCUUCUAUAUCAAAUGCACGGCUUGUCUCUCGGAAAUCUCUUUCCGAACCGAUCCCGAGAAUACCGAUUACGUCCUGGAAGCCGGAGCCACGCGAAAUUUCGAGGCCUUGGCCAAGGCCGAGAAGAUUGAAGAGGCCAAACAACGGGCCUAUGACGAAGAGCUGCAGAAUAAUCCCAUGAAAUUGCUCGAGGAACGGACGGAGGCCUCGAAAAAUGAAAUGGCUCGGGUUGAGGCCUUGGAAGAGCUCCAAGAAUUGAAUAAACGCGAGGUCAAGAUCGAUUAUGAGCAGAUGCUUAACAAAUACGAUACUUUGAGGGAAACGGAGGCCCAAAAACAGGAGCAGCAAGAUGAGGCCGAGAUCCAGGCCCUCUUUGGACGCAAUGGUGGUGAGCCCGUGAAACGGCUCUUGGACGAGAGUGACGAUGAAGAAAAUGAAGAACGGGCACCGGCUACUACGAGUAAGGUUAUGAAGACUGAGAAGGCCACGGAUUGGCUGAGUACUCAACCGGCGGAGAAGACGCGAAAACAGGCAUGGGAGAAGAGCAUAGGCUCGUUGACGGGCCCCAAGAAAGGUGGUCUGGGCGUUUUGGUCAAGAAGAAACAACCGAAAGUGGAACAGCCCGAACCUCCGAAGUCAGCAGCACCUGCAGGACCUUCUGCGGGCUUGUCUUUGUUGGGGAGUUAUAGCGAUUCUGAAGAAGACAGUUCGUGAUCGUUUUUAGGGCAUUUUUUUUUUCUCAAUUUUCCUCGGAAAAAGAAGUAUUGCGUAAAAAAAUAGAAAUACAUACAAGGAUUCAAUAAAAUGACACAGUGUGCAAGAUCGCGCGUUUA